AUGGUUCCAUCUCCGCGCGGAGGCCGUGCAGUGGCGCGGGCGGACUCCCCGAACACUACGGGUGGUCAGCAGCAGGACGGCCGAAACAAGCACCGCAACGGCCAGGGCGAGCUGAUCUCUGGCAGCAUGGAGUGCAGGCCCAAUCUCGCCCACACGAGCCUCUUCACCAAUCCGAAGCUCUUCGAAGACGGCCUUCCUCCAACGCAGUGGCUGGUGAACGGGCUUCAGCGGCAAGAAGAGCGCCAUGCCAGCUCGCUCGGCCGCCUCAAGUCGAACGCGAGCCAGAAUCCGUGCGAGGAGAUGGAGAGGGUGCAGACGGUACUGCGUCUCGAGCACCAUAUCGACAAGGUAAGGAAGGCGCUCGAUGCUGCAUCAGGACUAGAGGGCAUCUCUACCGAUCGCUCCAGGCACCUCCGCGGCCCGCUCCCAUGGGAACACGACUGCGAGCGCAAGCAGCUCGACGAUAUCGACGGCUACUACACCACCAAGUGGACCAAGGGCGCGAGCGGGAUGGGCUACGACGUCGUGGAGCCGCAGACCACGCAGAGCCCGCUCCGCCAGGACACGACGCACAGCAAGUUCCAGCCGCGUGCGCCGUGCGGCAAGCCGAGCGAGCCUACUAAGGGCUGGGAGACCAUGGACUACCAGGUCACGAGCGAGAGCGGAGACAUCCGCGCAAG